CCGAUACACAACCCAACUCCCGCACGCAUCUACCCCCACCACCAGACGACCUCCCCCCUCCCCCGCAUUCUCUCACGCCGCCUGCGCUCUCCCCCUCGCGAGAUAGACAACCCUAGCUCCCGUCUCCUUGCUUACCCUCCUCUCCAACCCCUCUCCGAUCUCUAUAAAAGACCCGAAUUUCGAAUUCCCCCUCGAACCCGCGAUCCGCGCUUUCCUUCCCGCCCAUUUCGGUCUCUGAUUCGGCGCGGAUUCGCUGCGCGGGAGCCCCCGAGGUUGCGUGCGUGAUUCGGAUGGCGGAGCCGGGGCUCGAGGGCAGCCAGCCGGUGGAUCUGUCCAAGCACCCCUCUGGCAUCGUCCCCACGCUCCAGAAUAUCGUAUCAACAGUUAAUUUGGAUUGUAAACUUGACCUCAAAGCAAUAGCUUUGCAAGCACGAAAUGCGGAGUAUAACCCAAAGCGUUUUGCUGCAGUCAUCAUGAGAAUAAGAGAACCCAAAACCACAGCACUGAUAUUUGCAUCGGGUAAAAUGGUAUGUACUGGAGCGAAGAGUGAACAGCAAUCCAAGCUUGCAGCAAGGAAGUAUGCCCGCAUUAUUCAGAAACUUGGUUUUCCAGCUAAGUUUAAGGAUUUUAAGAUUCAGAAUAUUGUUGGCUCUUGUGAUGUCAAGUUUCCAAUUAGGCUUGAGGGCCUUGCAUAUUCUCAUGGUGCCUUCUCAAGUUACGAACCAGAACUCUUUCCUGGCCUUAUCUAUCGGAUGAAACAACCAAAGAUUGUUCUUUUAAUUUUUGUUUCAGGCAAGAUUGUUUUGACUGGAGCAAAGGUGAGAGAGGAGACCUACACUGCCUUCGAAAACAUCUAUCCUGUACUGUCAGAGUUUAGAAAAAUUCAGCAAUGAUGACAUGUGAUGUGAAGGUCACGUUCUUCAAAUUACAAGCUUCCUCGAGGAUUCUCGUGUGACCAUGAAUUCUAAAUGUACAUAAAAGUCUGGCGGAACUUAUAGCAUCCUGUAAUCUCUGUGAGCCGCGGUCUGUCAGUAUUGGGUGGGCUUGCUGUGGUAACUGGUGGACAUGUCGAGUUCAUCCAUUUGGGUAGGCCUUGGUGAACACGGACGCCCCACAUCAUGUCUCAGUUUGAGUAGUUUGUGUGAACUGAAGGGUACGUGCUUCUCCCAUGUGGUUGCAGCGUUAACUUGAGUCAAGUGCUAACAAGAGUAGAUAAAAUUUUGCCCCAGUUCGUCUUUGUGACAGUCUUUUAAAGUCUUUUUUCUGAGUAUCUUUCAAAGUGUUUUCAGAGUAUCUUCCAGUGUGCUACUGCUGUGCGAUGAUGAGAAGGCUGGCACUGUAUGUAACGGGGGCAACGUGACCGGUUGUAAGUUAUGUAUUGUAGUUGAGAUGCUGUAGCGCCUAGGGCACUGGGAUUGAACUUGUGGAGGAACCAGUCAGUCGACCGUUCUAUUUGUGUGGCCCUCUGCUACUGACUAAUGUGGCCUGUUCCAAAUGUCGCUGCGAUUUUCGUUUCUUUUA